GGGAGGAUAAUCUAGACCUUAGUGAAGGAGAGUGAAAGGACAGUGCUGUUGUUCCUAGCUUCCGUCGCUGCGAUGGCUCUGCCUCUGAAGUCCUUGAGUCGGGGCUUGGCGAGUGCAGCCAAGGGAGACCACGGAGGGGCAGGAGCCGGCACCUGGCGCUUCCUGACCUUCGUGCUGGCACUCCCGAGUGUGGCGCUCUGCACUCUCAACUGCUGGCUCCACGCGGGCCACCACGAGCGCCCCGAAUUCAUCCCCUACCACCAUCUCCGCAUCCGCACCAAGCCCUACUCCUGGGGGGACGGAAACCACACUCUUUUCCACAAUUCCCACGUCAACCCUCUGCCCACCGGCUACGAACGGCCCUGAGAUCCGGGCGGAGGUCCCAGGCUCAAUAAAGAUGUGGAAAUGUG